ACCUGCGACACGCGAAGGAGUUGAAGCGGACCGGUGUGCUAUAGGAAGUAAUGAUCGAAUACAAGGCGAUCAAGGAUAAGCUGGAGCAAGGGAAAGGAAAAGGGGCGAAGGGCGCAGAGCAAGCGUACUUCGCCGACGGUGAGGGCCGCAGGGAGCGGUACUCAAGAAGGAGUCAGGGGCAAGGUCGUGGUCGUGGCGGCAGCCUUGGCCACAGCAGCAGUCGUGGCCGCGGCGGAGGCGGUCGCGGCGGCGGCGGCGGCGGUCGCCGCGGCCGCUCAGGCGGAUCCGGAGGAGUCGGGGAGAGCAAGGGAAGCAGCAGUGGAGGCGCCGAUGGCGGUGGUGGGGGGGACUAUAAGUUCCCGGGCCGGUGCUUUAGGUGUGGACAUCGUGGACAUCAAGCGAUCGGCUGCACUACCAACGAGAAGGACUUCGUGCCGUGGUGUGCGCGCUGCGAGGGGUGGGGCCACACCAAAGAAAAGUGCGCGACGGAGGAGGCCGUCCUAGCGCAAGUGGUGGAGCAUGAGAGCGACGUGGACUACGUGGAAGUCCAGGCAUUUCGUGCCGUGGCAGUCCCCCCAGGCGAGUGUGGUACCGUUGGUGAAGUAGGUCUAGUGGGGGUUGUGGAACAAGGCCAGGCGGUGGGCCUCACGCUGACCACGAAAGCCGGGGGGGAGUUGUGGUUCCCCCGGACUGGAAAGCUGCUGACCCAACGAGGCUAUCAAAUAAAGCCAACGCUACACACCGCCUGUGCCGCACUCAUUGUUCCUGGCGAUGCGAAAGCAGCCAACCCCACUGACCUCAACGAGUACCACCUCGCGCACGGCCAUGCCCACGAGACAUUGCUCAGGAUCACGGCGGAGCAGCAGGGAGUGCAGCUGACGGAUGGACCGCUGCUACCCUGUCUUGGCUGUUCGAUGUCCAAGGGACAGGUGAAACCCGUCCAGAAGAGCACGAGCACACGCGCACUGCUACCUCUCGCAGAUGACGAGGAGGGCGGGGAGGGCGAGAGCAGAGCGGAUGCAUCACGCCAAGGUUGGGGGGGGGAGAGAGACUCAGAGAGUGAGUCCGACCUCGACGUGAUGGAGGCUCGUGGGCCAGGGCAAGCGACGCCGUUUGUGCGCGAGGAGGCGCCGACGGCACCCGGCAACGGGAUUCCGGGGGACGGAGGCAGCGUUCCCCCGUCGCCCCCUUCGGAAAGGGGCGACUUCGGCGAAGGCAGUGACAGCCCCACCGACAGCAGCAGCAGCAGCAGCAGCAGCAGCAGCAGCAGCAGCAGCAGCAGCCCGAGCAGCAGCAGCAGUGACGCCGGCGGUGCCGGCGGCCCGGGCGGCGAAGAGUCCGGCGACCCAGGUGGGGACGGCGGUAGCGAUGGUGAUCCCGGCGACUCCGAGAACCUCGAGGAGUUGAAGUAUGAUCCAGCCGACGACCGCUACCCCCGCGGGCUAGAAGGGAAGAAAAUCCUCUAGGGCGCCUCAAACGCUGGCCCGCUGCGCCAGGGCUUGAG